AUAAAAGUGCAUAUAUACCCUUUACCAAAUUUUUACAACUUAACUUUGGUAAUCAAAUUGACAUCGCAAAUGAUUUCGUAACUAUUCACAAUUGUACUUCACAUCACAUCUUACGAUUGGACAAAUCAGCCCUGUAGCUUCCCUCCUAACUUCCCUCCUAAACAUUGUUUGUUCAACCAAAAAAAGGAGGGAACUCAAAAAUUAAACUUCUAAAAUCACACUUUCAAAAGUACAACCUCUAAUACAACCCCAGCCCUAUAAAUACAACAACAUUCAGCACAUUUAAGACUGCUUCAUCUAUUUUAGCUACCACCAUUAAUGGCUGCCUCCAGCUCUAACUUAGCCCCAUCACCUCCUCACUCUCCUCCACCUGCGCCUGCAACUGCCCUUGUCCAUUUCCCUGCACAGAGAUCAAGACUUACAAACAAGGGAAGAGAAGAAAUAAAGGAAUAUUUUCUGAAGAAUGUGGAUGGCUUUGGGCGACUUCAGCGUGGUGUAAUCAACAAAGGUGCAUAUAUUUUUAAGGUUUCCAGACAUGCCAUGUCCAGAAUAUGGCAGAUUGUAAAGCAACAGUUACAGAAUGGGCAAAGCCUAGAUGUAACUCACAUGCUGACCAAACAUAUUGGAAGAAAAGGGGUAACUGUACCCCUUCAAAGUUUCAAGGACAUUCCUUUGAGCAAAAGGACCAACAUAAGGUCAGACUCUCAUGCCCUAAAAAUGUCUAAAAGUACAUUUCACAGAAUGAAGCAGAGAGGUGAAGAAAAGCACAUACAAGCACUAUGAAGCCAUUUCUUACAGAAUAGAAUAAAAGAACCAGGUGUCAAUUCUGCCUUCAUCACUUAAUUCCAGCUUCCUUACCAAACACUCCCACAUUUCAAGGGUUUGACCAUUUUAUUCACAUCGAUGAGAAGUGGUUUAACCUAAGCAAAACAAUGACAAGAUGGUACAUUCAUGAGGGAGAGACUCCCCCUGACAGGCAUUGCAAAUCUAAAAGGUUUAUAACCAAGGUGAUGUUUCUGUGUGCAAACCUAUUUUCGGUAGCGAGGGGGAAGUCAUAUGAUAUGGGAAUAUAGGGAUAUGGCCGUUUGUGGAGCAGGUGGAAGCAUCAAGAAACAUUAAGAAUAGACCAAGACAUACAAUGCAAACAAAGCCAAUUCUUUCAGCGACAAAAAAAGUGUGCACGGAAAUGCUACUGACAAAACUCAUUCUAGACAUAAAAGCUAAGUGGUCAGUAGCAUUAGCCAGGGAAGUUAUCAUCCAACAAGAUAAUGUCAGACCACACAUUAGCAAAAAUGAUCAAGAAUUCAAUCAUGCAGCAAGUGAGGAUGGGUGGAAUAUAAGGUUGUCAAUGCAACCACCUAACAGUCCUGACAUGAAUGUCCUAGACUUGGGAUUUUUCAAUUCCAUACAGUCUUUGCAGUAUCAAACAUGCAAUAAAACAGUUGAUGAGUUGCUUGCAAAUGUUCAAGAAGCAUGCACAAGGUUAUCCCCCAAAACACUUAAUCAUGUUUGGCUAACACUUCAAUUCAUAAUGGCUGAAAUUAUUAAGGUUAAGAAGGGAAUAACUACAAGCUUCAACAUAUUGGAAAGCACAGAUGGGAAAGAUAAAGUAUUCUUCCUACCAACAUUGUAAUGGACAAACAGAUAUUAGAAGAUGCAAUAAACCAUCUGAAUGGAGCAGCAGAAACAAUAUAGAGUGAGAUGCAUGUAUGUUUUGUUUAAGUAAGUGACAAUACUCUCAGUUAACAAGAUUAUCCUCAUAGAGAUGUUAAAUGCAUCUCUUUGAUGAGGUUGUUAGCCUCAUAGAGUUUGUUCACAAAUUGUGUUAACUACAACCAUUUUAGGCAUGAUUUUUUGUUGAAUAGUUAGCCAAUAUAUGUAAUGGUAAGCUUUUUUGUACUCUCAGUUGUUACUGUUUUAUGACACAGUAACAUGCUAUAGCCAAUAUAUCGUUCAAGAAACAGUGUACAUAUAAAGCAUCAAACUCACAACAAAACAUCAUAAGUAUGCACUGAAUUACAACAUGGGAUAGUCAAUUUGGUCUCACAUAUGCAUCACAUUCAGUGUUGGAUAUGUUUGACUAACACUUCAAUUCAUAUUGGCUGAAAUUAUUGAGGUUAAGGGAGGGAAUAACUACAAGCUUCAACAUAUUGGAAAACACAGAUUGGAAAGACAAAGUAUUCUUCCUACCAACAUUGUAAUGGGCAAACAGACAUUAGAAGAUGCAAUAAACCAUCUGAAUGGAGCAGCAGAGACAAUAUAGAGUGAGCUGCAUGUAUGUUUUGUUUAAGUAAGUGACAAUACUCUCAGUUAACAAGAAUAUCCUCAUAGAGAUGUUAGAAUGCUGAAGUAAGUAUCACAUAAUCAACUGCUUUGGGCCUUGGUUUGACGCGAGGUUGGGCUUUUCACUGGCCUGGGUCGCUGGACUGAUUUUGAUACGGGGCUGGGCUACUCAUGGGCCUACUCCGCUGCUGUAGUGGGAUUUCUGGACUGCUGAAGACUGUGAGGUGACUUUAAUUAGUUGUCCAAUGGCCUUUUAGUGGACUAGAUUUAUAACCAUUUCAGUCGGUUUGAUGAUUUUAUUUUGAUGAAUGAGCCAGGGCUUGUCUCGUGCCAUUCUUGGACUGUACUUUUUGGGAUGUUUUUGGGACUCCGAAAAAACUCUCUCCUCACCCUCGAAAGGUGGGGGAGGGGGAUUGAUAUGAUAGAUACUAUUUUAGGUUAGCUUGCUACCUUGGAUAGUUCUUUUGAUGCAUUGUACUAUGCUAUUUUCUGGAUAUAUAUAUAUAUCCAGAAUUUUAUCCAAAAAAUAAAAAGUUGUACGCGGUCUUUUAAAUUUGUCAAAAAAAAAAUCUGUGUUGGACUAACAGAACUCAAUUACAGCCUCACAAGAGUGUUCAUAGGCUCACAGGCAACAUAUAAAGCAUCAAACUCAGAACAAAGCAUCAUAGCUAUGGACUCAGUUACAACAUGGGUGGCAAUUAACGAAUCAUUUCACCUCCUUCAUGUUUAUAACCACAUUAACAUACCCACACAUAGUUUACACCACAAUUAACAUCAUUAAUCAAGCCCAACGUAAACAAAGAGAGAUUGAGGUUUAGAUAUAUACAGAUAAUUUAGUCAAUUUGGGAGACUUAUCUGAACCAUGGUAGGUCGUUCAUUCUGUUCUUCGGUCAGAUACAAAUAUGAAAUCCUCUUUGUAAUCGAAUCAGAUACGUUCAAUUAUCUGAACCAGAUACGUUCGAUUCCGGUAGGCCGUUACCUGAACUAGAUACAUUCCCUCCGGGUCCGUUUUGUAAUUGAAUCCUCUUCUCUAUUUAUCUCCACGGUUGUAUCCACCGGGCCUGUAAUCCCGCCACCACUUCCCAAGCUAGGGUUUGUUUCGUCACCACACUCAUCAAUCUGCGGUUCAGGAAUGAUAGAUUCUAGAAAUAUUUAGGCAUUAAGGGCAGAAUCUAGAGCUUGAGAAUUGGGGCGUACUGGAGCAGCAAUGGUGGUUCGAAGGUUGUCGACAGUGGAGAUGAGGGCUAGAGAAAUGAAGAGACGGAGGAAAUAAGGGGAUUGUUCGAAUGAAGAGGUAAAUGCGUAAGAUCAAAU